CCGAAACGGAUAGCAUUAGAGGUACAACAACUUGUCACUGUUACCAGUGCUGGGGUGUUAAAUAAGGUCACACACGAGAAAUUAUUAAAAAUGUGUCGAAAGUACAGGCACACUUAUGCUCAGAAGUACUACUGGCUUAUUUUGUCAUAACAAUGGCUGCUCUUGUGAGACUCAAAAGGAGUAGUGUACAGCUAAGAGCAGCUGCGGCUGAAGUUAGAGCGGCUGUGAGAGCACGACACAUAGUAGCUGGCCUCGUAGGAGUAGGUUUUGCUCUCUGCGGUGCAGUGGAAGUCAGUUCUUCAGUUGCUCUGCUUGCAAAUCUCGAGGACAAUCAUGCAAUCAUCGAUACUUCUUGGCAUUGUGACAUGCUCGUCAACGUCAGUAGUCGAAAUCGCACAGAGGAUGUCCAAAUCAUUGCCUUCGAGCUAUUACCAGUUGAGAGGAUCGAAUCGAAUAUGCGAGAAGCAUUUCUCUGGGGACAAGUGGCUGGACCAAUUCUGGGUGGAACUCUCGUCUGGGGACGUUCUGGGCCCUCGAUGGUCUUCUCCAGGGCAGUCCUGAGUGCCUGUUUAGCCUCUCUUUUAGUCCCAGCAGCCUGGAAGGGCCCGUCUCAUGUCGCACUUCGAUUAUUCCAGGGCAUGUGCACAGGUGCGACGAUGCCUGCAGCUCACAUGUUCGCUAUGACUUGGUUCAAGAGUAAUCAUAGGAGCUGGUAUUUUAGUUGCUACGCAGCUGUCAGUGUGGGAUAUUGCCUCACCGGAUGGAUAGGGACUGCAGUUGUCCGAUCAUUUGGAAGGGAUUCCCUUUGUUAUGGACUCGUGUUGAUAGCCCUCUGUUGGUACUUUACAUUUGGUCAUUUUGUCAAGGAUACUCCAAAGUCCUAUCAACACGAUACAAACGCUGCUGUGAUACCAUGGGGAAAAUUGCUACGUUCAGUACCGGUGUGGGCAUCAGCAGUGGCUACAAUGGGUAAUCAGUGGGGUGAUGCCACUCUCUCACUCGGUAUGACCAAGUACCUUAAGCUCAUUUACGGUUUCUCAACUGCUAACGAUUCUGUGCUGACAACUUUGCCCCACAUUGGACACUUUAUGGCUGCUCUCACCUGUGGAUUGCUGGUUGAUCACGUGAGAGAGGCCAAGAUAGUCUCCACAACGACAGCGAGAAAAUUAGUUGUUUAUACAGCGCAUUUUAUUCCGGCGGCUCUUCUCUUCGUCGCUGGUUACGCAGGGUGUCAAGCACUGGGUGCAGCCUGGUUAGGAAUAGCUGCCCUUUUGGUCUCCGGAACAGCUCCAGCUGGGGCAUUAGCUGCGAUAGCUGAUCUCGCACCUGAAGAAUCCCCUUCAUGUGCAGCAGCCGCUUGUGCACUGUGCUCUACACUAGGUGCAGCAGGACUCCUAGCCGCCAAUUAUUUCGUCACGCAGGCACUUCAUGGAUCGAUCGCGGGUUCCUGGCGGUUG